UUCUGUUGGGUAGCGGCGCAUUUUGUUUCCGUGUUUGAAGGAUUGGUUUUUGCACAAUAAAAUGUUUAAAACUGAUGGGAAGUUAAAAAUGAAUCUUACAUGGACUUUGUAGUUGUCAGAAAAGUUUUCCAGCGCUUGUGCUAGCUCCUUGGCUGAUGGUGCUAAGACAAGAGAUUCAAACAGAACUGCAUCUUUUAAAGCACCAGAAGAGUAAACAUAAACCCACUCUGCGUAAUCUGUAUGAAUUUCCAAAGGUUUAACACACAAGCCUCAGAUGAGGAAGAUGCUGGCUCUGGAUGAAGGGGUGGUGGAGGAGUGGCUAUCAGAAUAUAAGAUUCUGCCAGAGACUUCUAUAUCCAGUUAUGCUGCAAGUUUAAAAGACAAAAAUUCAUUGGUUUCAGAACUCUUCAGUGUAAUUCAUCAGCUUCAUACUGAGUUUUUAGAACCUGUCUGCCAUCAGCUGUUUGAAUUGUAUCGCAGUGGAGAGAGUCGAUUGCAAAGAUUCACACUUCAGUUUCUUCCUGAACUUAUUUGGUGCUACCUGAAUAUAAUAAGUUGCAGAGAUCUACAGAGCAGUGGCUGCAUCGAAGCUCUUCUUCUGGGAAUAUACAAUCUAGAAAUUGUCACCAAAGAUGGCCAGAACAAGGUGCUAUCAUUUACAAUUCCGUCUUUGUCCAAACCUUCAGUGUUCCAUGAACCUUCCAGCAUUGGUUCAGUGGCGCUUACAGAGGCUGCAUUGUCCCAGCAUGGGUUGACUAGAGUUGUGUACAGUGGGCCUCAUGCACAAAGGGAAACUUUUACUGCCCAAAACAGGUUUGAAGUACUUUCCGUCUUGCUGCAUUGUUACAAUAGUGCCUUAAGUUUCAUGCCUAGUGCAUCUCUCCAGUCGUUAUGCCAUCUUUGUUCCAGGAGCUGUGUCUAUGGAUAUAAUCGUCAACAUGUAAGAAAAUACAAAGGUGUCAACAACAGAAUUCCUCUGUCAUCUGAUUUUAUGGUUCAGUUGUUAACAGGCAUUUAUUAUGCUAUUUACAAUGGAGAGUGGGAUCUUGCUCGUAAAGCACUGGAUGAUGUAAUAUACAGAGCUCAGCUGGAGUUGUAUCCUGAACCAUUACUGGUUGCAAAUGCAAUAAAGGCUUCUUUACCUCAACGUGCCUUGAAGUCUGUAAAAGAAGGCACUAAAUGUAUCCAGGUGGAGAUCACUCCAACUUCAUCUAGAAUAUCGAGAAAUGCUGUGACUAGUAUGUCGAUACGUGGGCACAGAUGGAAAGGGCAUGAUAAUCCCUCCUGUGAGCUUCCGGAUGAACUGAUGGAAAUCGCUGAAGUUGAUGAAGGAUUUUGCUCUCGAACUGCAUCUAACACUAGCCAGCCUGCCAUGCUGAUUAGUAACAGUAAUAAGACUCAGACUGGCAAGAAUCAGAGACGCUCUGGAGGUGGCAAGGCUGCACGAGAGAAUGUUACUGAAUCCAGCCGAGAACAGCUUCGCAAACCAAGCCCACGUGCUACAAGUGAAAAUCUGGAACUUUUGUCUUUGAAGCGAUUAACCUUAACUACCAGCCAUUCACUGCCAAAACCAGGUAGCCAAAACCUAGCCAAAACUGCCACUACCAUUUUUAGCAAGUCUUUUGAACAGGUAACUAGUGUAUUUGCCCCAAACAGUUCAGCAAAUUCAGGCACUGGAUUAGAAGUGGAAACAAACAGGUUUUCAGCUUGUAGUCUGCAGGAAGAGAAUCUUCUCUACGUAUCAGAAAGAACAGAACUUCUUAAGCCUAAUCCUCGUCUGCAAAGCCAGCAAUGCUCUCCUAACAUAAGCAUAACUCUUUCAACAGAUAUUUAAGUCUGUACCUUGAAAACCACAAGGAAUGACAAGGGUCACUGUUACCGUAGUUUACUCAGUGGUUUUUCACUGCAGCAGUAUACUGGCAAUUGUAGUUCGCUGUUAAGUAGACAGCGUGUUACUGUUCUUUAGGAGUGGUCUUGGAAAGUUUAAGAUGAUUAUAUUAAAGCUGCAUUGACCCCUGUGUUCCUACGUAGAUCAUGACAUGGAUUGGUUCUCACAGCUUGCUGUCCCAAAAGUGUUAGAAAAGAAUGAUUCACUACCAACCUGCAAGCAGCCACCAUCAUAGCACUCUCUUGCACAUUAUUUCAAAAAAAGAAUGGGCCUGGCAGAGUAUUCCCUGAUUUUAUAUGUGUAGGUGUUUAUUCUAACUUCCAUGCUUAUAGAGAGUUUUUAUUAAAGCCAGCCACACCAUUAUUCUUGAUUGUAGUGAUAUAUUUUUUAGCUGUUUUGGAAAUAAAUAAUGGGUAAUUGUUUUUAUUAAAGAAACGGGCCCACUGGGAAAUUUAGAUUCUGAUUUCUGUAUCUCAGCUACAAACUCUCAGAAAUUAAUAUGUAAAGUGUCCUGUAGAAUGUCAGUCUAAUUAUUUUCAAGAUUAACAUGCCUUCACAACUUUUAUAGGCCCACAUUAAGACUCUGUACCUACUCUAGGCAAAGAACUGACACAUUUGUUUAUUAAUGUUGCUAUUACCAGUGUGGUAGAUACACAAAUUGCACUAUAUUCUUGUCCAGUAAAACACAUUUCUAAGCUUGUUUUGAAUUUAGAUUUCCUUAGUCAUUGUUUAAUCUCAGCAGUGGUUUCAGCCAUAGUUAAAACAGCCUUGCAGUUCUCAGAGUCUUAAAAGGUGGUCUGAAUUUAGAUUGGGUUUUAACAUUCGUAGUACCAUUUGAUAGACUGUUAUGCAGCUUACCUGUUUCACUUGUCAGCACACUUCCCUUUUCUUCUCUGUUAAGUAAAUGUUUGUGAUGAUUAUGUUUACAUCUCAAGAACCUAACACUCACUCCUGUCCGUAAGGUGGACAGUAGAAGCCUAUGUUGUCUGGGUAUGUAUUUGUACUGCACUUCAUGGAGUUCUGACUGUCAUCUGGAGACAGUGGCAAUAAGUAUUCUUUAGGUGAAUGGUGCCCACUCUAUGUUCCCUUAAUCCCAGUUGCAGUUUGUCAUUGCCUUGAAGGAGGAACAGUCAGUGUGGUGAAAAAAAUACCAUAGGAGCCAAAAAAGAGAAAAUAUUUGUAUCACGGUUCUUUGUUUUGUUUUCUCCUGAAUUGUCUCCUUACUCUUUUCUGAGAAAUGUCAUUUUUGUUUUCAUCCAGAUAAGCCUUAGUCUGCACAAAGUGCCUCUCUUUGAGUGACCUAGAGGCUGUGUGCAGCAGUUAAGUGGCUUAGGUUAAGUUAUACAAUUUACAUGUGGAACACUAAUAGAAGCAAACCAAUGUCUGUGAGAUACUAUUUAAUCAUCAGGUCAUAGCCAUAAUGAUUUAUUCUCUAUUGCUAUGUUACUGAUAGAGCCCCUUUUCUUGGAAAGAAUUGACUUCUAGGAGUGUGAAGAUAACCAUCUAGCCCAGCUAUGCUGUCUGCUUUUCUUCUCUACUGAUGGUCAGGUUUGAUUUGAGCCAUUAAUUAAGGGUGGAUAUAUAGAAGCAGGGCACUGGUAAUCUUGUGUGCUCAGAAUAGAAUGCUACUUAUGCAUUCGUCCUUUGUUCACAAACAAACCACUCCUCCAAAAAGCAGAGGUAUUCUGGCUUACCACUCACCUGCGGAUGAAGUUGUGACCUUUGCUGGCAUCAUGGUCUUCAUUCCAUGAAAUGGCCAGCUUAUUUAGAAUUGUAGCACAAAAUGACUCACUCAAUAUAGUAGUUACUGUUGACAGGGGAACAGCAAAUGUAUAUCUCACUGCAGAAAUAUGUCCUUUUACAAUUUGGCCAAGCAAAAUACAAUAUUCAUUCCCUUUUUUUAUUAGUAAUUCUGAAUUCACUAGUAAGCAGAUAUUUACUAGUCAUUCCUUGAAAUGUCUCAUUUCUUUCAGCCGCAUGGUAGUCUUGUCAAAAAGCAUCAAUGAAAAAGUAAUCCAGGGGGUUUGUAUCACACUUGGCUCCACAGAGUACCUCAUGUGCAUGUGUCAUGUAAACAAGUUAAGUAGUUAUUGGAGCAUUCUAAAGUGGUAAGAUGAGGCAAAACGAGGUUUCAUCCUCCAACUGCAAAGAGGACAGUACAUCUUUUUUUCAAGAGCACAUUACAUUUAUUAGUAAAAAAAGAACCACUUCAGCAAUAGUUACAUACUGAGUUAUGAAAGAUGAAGAAGCAGAAGAUGUGGUCCUUAAAAACACCAGGUUCUACCUUUAUAAAUCUUCAAAAAAGUAGCUAUUAAUUAUGCCUAAAAUAUAACUUUUUCUUAUCUAAACAUGCUCCCUUCCCACAUUUACUGGUAGUUGAUUUUAAGUAGGUGCUGUGUGUUGCUGGAAGAAUGCUCUGACUUUUUUUAUAAACGCAUAAAUGCUGUCCACUCUGGGAUUGAAGAGUGGUGGAUUUCCCUCCAUCUUAUAUAUACAACUAUCCAUGGAAUUGCAAAACCUUAGUGACUGCAUGGCAGAGGAAGGAAAUGCAGUGAAACACUCCAGAUAACUUGUUCCUGAGAUGGGCAGCAUAUAUUCCUCUGGUAUGUAAGCUGUUGCUCUCAGAGAGAACCAUCACAGUACCCACAGAAGCCUCUUCAGUGCUUCUGAAGCAGACUAACCUUUGUAGGUAUGUAGGAUUCAUAUCAGUCUUUGUUGUCUAUCUUGGUUGUCAUACUGAUUUAUGGUCCUUUUGUCCCUGUCUAAUGCUUUUAAGAUUUUUUUUCUGGUACUCCUGACUCUCAUCAUUUUAAACAGCACUUUGGAAACUUUGUGGUCAUCACAGGUCAUUUAAAGUUUAGAUUAUGUUGCGUAGUCAGUUUACUACUAGCAAAGUAAGAUGCUUAAAAUAAAAUGUUCACAACUGUUCAUUUCCUCAGAUCUGCAGAACAUUAAACAGAUGCAACCUUUUCAGCAUCUGUCUGAUUGUAGUGUCUGUUUUAAUAGGAAGAUGUAAGAACAUUCUUCCCUAGAAAAAAAAUGUCUCUUUGCCAUGGCUUUGCUGCAUUGUAAAGUGAGCUUCUUUACCUGUCUAGUUCAUGGAAUACAUAUUGAAUCUGGCUUAGACAGCUGUGAUCAUGCUUUCUAACAUGUUGGCCGCUGCUUCCUGUUGCAAACUUUCAGCUCAUCUUAUUGCUUCAUUUUUAUCUCUGUAGUGUUUUUACAGAGAUGAGGAGGCAACUAUCUAGGAAAAGUAUGGGACUCACUGGAUUUUCAUGUUCACAUGAAAAAACAUUGAAACAUUGUUUAUAUAUUUUUUUCUUUACAGUUGUUUCUAUUUGUUAUACCCUGAUCAGCCUGCAGUACCCCAAAACAAGUCCUGCAAUCAGGUGAAAUGUAAUUAAUGUAUUGCGUCAUUGAACAGUAUUCAUUGCCUUUAUGUUAAGAUUUUAAUAGUCUGAAAGCUAUGGUCAGGAAGUCAGCUACAUAUUUGCUACAUUCUUUUCAGACAAAAAGCACAGUAGCUCUUUAAGACAAAUGUUAUUUGCAUUCUUUUUGGAGAGUGGAACAUUCUAAAACUUAAUUCUGCAUUCACUGCAGUAUAUCCCUUUUUCUUUUCCAGGUGUCUAAAAUCUGGUUUAUUUUGUCUAGAUUCAUUCAGGAUGUUGUGGAAAUGUAUAUGUAUUAUCCAUGUAGUUCACUGAUUAGUAAGUGAAGUUUCACCUAGAGGCUCUGAGGAAAAGAACAUGGAUAUGCUGCAGUGUUGCUGAAGGAAUCUUUUGUCAUUCAGAGUCAUAUGGAAGAGAGAGAACUUGGAAUACAGCAGAUGAUUAUCAGUUCCCAAAAUGUCAACAAUCAGGUUUUAUUUUAAAGACAACGGCAAAAAAAAAAAAAAAAAGUCUU